CGCCGACGUGCUGAAACCAAAACCCCGAAUCACCUCCUACACGGGAACGCCGCUCGCGAGAAAUAGAGGUACCAUAUAAGCCGUUCAAGAGCUUGAGAGGCAAAAAAAAACCCCCAGCCCAAAGCAGUAGUAGUCUGUUGCGUCAGCCUCGCUCGCCAGCAGCCCGACCUCCUCGCAUCUCUUUCGAGACGCCCCUGCAAACCACCACCGACACCUCUCUCCCUCCCCACUUCACCAUAGCGGAGAUGCAAAGCGUAUAUACCGCCGGACCAAGCCUUUAACGCCUCGGAAACGAAAUCUCCACAUCACUGUCGCUACGGAUUUAUCUGGAUUCUUCCGUCUGGGAGAAACAUGACCUGGGCGAAGAAGGCCUCUGCACUCACAGUACCACUACUGCCACUGUUCUCUCUAGUAGCACUACAAGCAGACUUGGCCACGUGUGAGGGCACUCCAAAAUGUGCAGAUUACAUUCGUGCCGGCAUCGGCUAUAAUGCCAGCGCAGUGGGGCCUAUAUCGACGAACAUCACGAACAAUGUCUCAUCCGUCACGACACAACGCACUGGCUCCGAGGACACUGCAGCUCCGACUGGUGAUCUGGCAGCGGCAGCCGCAUGUUACAGUAGUUGGAGCAGCUAUUCCAAGCAGCAAUCUACGAGUGUCGUCUUCACGCAGGUCACGACCACCUACACCAGACCUCUGACGACAAAUAUAACCUACGGUACCGGAGACGUAUACUCCACUGCACCAGGCUACGGGAUACCCAUCGCGCGCGGCAAUUUUACUGCCACCAGCACUGCGCAACGAGUGCUGAACAUUACGUCGACCGAUGUCGUUUAUGUAAGCCCAACGUUGACUACCACCAUUUCGAAACCCACUCCGACCUGUUCCUCGCUCUCGCCGGGCGAGUGCAGCAAGUUGUAUGUCUCGUACAUUUCGAGCUUGGGACUUCCCGCCAAUGCGACUGUUCCGGCCAUCACCCCUGCUCCGGCCAACUCGCCACCAUGUCCGACAUACUACUACCAACCGUUCACCAGUUGCUCCACGUCGUAUGGCAAGGUUUCCAAAGACGCCUGUACUAUCAUGGGCAAUAGUGUACAGCUGUUCUACUUCCCGUCACAGACGACUACUCCGACCAUUCCAGUUGCCACUGGCACUAUGAAUGUCUCGGCGACAAUCACUGCCCCACCGACUGCCCCACCAGCUGUGGUCUACGAGUACGCUCCUGGAACGACGUUUACCUCGCCUAACAUUUAUCUCAAGUUCGAUUACCUUUCUGCACAACGCCUAAGGCUGGGCAACGGUGCACCAGUGUGCAGUAUUUGUGACAAGUAUGGUUGCAGGAUGCAAGCUGUUGACGGUGGUCAGAGCAUCACCUCUGAAGGUACCAGUAUUGAAGGCCAACUGGUGACUCUUGCCCCAGACCAAGUGUCCAGCAUAGUGUUGGACUAUAGCGGUCAAGAAGCUGCCAAUAUCGUCAGUACUAUGGCUCUGGGCUUACCGGGAUAUGCAGAUGUCAUGAACAAGGUCGUUGGAAACUUCAAUGUGACAGCUAAGCCGCUGCGUCUAGAAGACGUAUUACAUCCUCCACCAGAAGCAUACUACUUACAGCCCCUCGACAACGCUCCAGGUUGUGAUCUCUCAGCCCCUCAGCCGCAAUGCAGCACCAUCUUCGAAGGAGAGUAUCGGGCUCUCAUUUCUCUGCCGCCACAAGUGACUGGGUUUCAAGGACCCUGGAAAAAAUGUGCUCCCGUCAUCUAUGGCGUAUAUGAUCCUCCUAUUGCUUUGACCAAAGCUUCAACUGCUGCUGGCCCCACGCUGCCUGGUGGAAAGAAGGCUACCCCGAACAAUUCGCCCCCCGCGCAGACUCCUCCACCAGUAGUGCCGGCAAACGUGCCUAACAUCCCUUCUCGGCCUAUAUUCACUGCGCAACCAAACCAAGCCCCUGGACAGAACGGCAAUGGCGGCGGCAACGCUGGCCCCACACUGCCUGUUGGUGGUGGCGGCUCAUCAAAUAAUAAUGGCGGCAGUAGCAACGGGGGAUCUGGAAACGGUGGGUCCGGGAAUGGAGGCCCAGGAAAUGGGGGCUCAUCGAAUGGAGGCUCAGCGAACAACAACGGCGGUGCAGGUAACGGAGCCUCAGGGAAUGGUAACACCGGCAAUGGGGGCUCAGGGAAUGGCGGUGCAGGUAAUGGUGCCUCAGGAAAUGGUGGUAGUGGAGCCUCAGGAAACGGUGGUGCAGGUAACGGUGCCUCAGGGAACGGUGGUUCAGGCAAUGGAGCCACAGGGAAUAGUGGCGGUGGUGCCUCAGGAAACGGUGGUGCAGGCAAUGGAGCCACAGGUAAUAGUGGCGGUGGUGCCUCAGGAAACGGUGGGGCAGGCAAUGGAGCCACAGAGAAUAGUGGCGGUGGUGCCUCAGGAAACGGUGGUGCAGGAAAUAGUGGUUCAGGUAAUGGAGCCCCAGGGAGUGGUGGUUCAGGCAAUGAAGUCUCAGGAAAUGGUGGCGGUGGAGCCUCAGGGAAUGGCAAUACAGGCAAUGGUGGCGGUGGAGCCUCAGGGAAUGGCAAUACAGGCAAUGGUAAUACAGGCAAUGGAGGAUCUGUGACGAGCAAUGGUGGCUCAGCAAACGGAAACGAAGGCUCUGGAAACAACAACGGAGGAUCCACGAACGGAGCGAACUCCAAUGGAAAUGGCGGCGGAUCAUCCAACAAUGACGCUGGAGGGUCUGGAAACGGUGGUAGUGCAGGAUCUUCAAAUGGUGGAGGCGGAGGCUUGUCAACUGGCAAUACUGCCCAAGGCAAUAGCGGUGUUUCACCAAGCAACAGUGGGGGCCAGUCUUCCAGUGGCAGUGGUGGGACUUCGGAUGGCUAUAGUGGCGGCUCUUCGAUCGGUGAUAACGGGGACUCCUCCAACAAUGGCGGGGGGAGUGGAGGGUCGGCGACUGGCAACUCAGGCAACGCCAACGGCGACAAUGGAGAAGGUACGGGAAGCGGCAGUGGCAACGGCUCGAAUGCUCCUGGAAGCAGAACCACGACCCGUGGACCAAGUGGAACCGGCUCCUCGAGUAGUGGAGUCUCUGCUACAUCCUCAAGCACUGCUUCGAAAGCCUUCUCGGCACCCCAAGUUAUGGGAGCUGAGAACCACGUGCUCGCGCUGCUCAUCAGCGCGGUACUUCUGGCAGCUCCUUUUCUCGUGCCUUGGACUUGAACUGCUUGUGGACUUGACACGAGGUUAACGCGGCACUGCUAUAGCCAACAUCUAGCGACACUGUCUGAGUCAUCCACAAUGGCAAAAGCAGUCUGUGGUCAUGUGGCCGGACAAUCUCACCGUCAUCACAGUACUGGAACUCGCUACGGCGAACAACACCACAACGGUCCUCAGCAAAUCCGCUCCAGCUAGGCAAUCUAGAAGCUAGAUUUUUUCUCCGCCCAUCUGCAAGCAGAGGUCUGCUCUCUGAACAUGGACGGAGAUUUUGCCACAAGGCAAUUCUACACUUUGACGAAGUAUCACCUCAUAGUUUGUGUGAAAGCUAACGAAUCUAGUGAAAAUGAUCCAAUACAGAGGAUCUCUGCAUAUCUGAACGCAGCGUAGCAUUGCAUAGCAUUUUGAUGGGGGAAAAAGAUUAUAUAGACUGCAUGUGGUUAUAUAGUAGUAGUGGUAGUAGUAGUAGUAGUAUACACAGUAGUAAUUUCUUUUCGAAUGGAAUAAUAAU